AUGGAAGAACAAGGAUACACUGAAGACGAAAUCGACGCGAAAGUCUCGGCUCUUCGGAAAGAACUUUUGUCGAAGAUGGACGACGAUGUUGCCCCCAAGCGUUUAAUUGACGCGAUCCACCCCAAGAGUACGACCGAUCCUGAACUACCUCGACUUGUCCCUAAGGGUACUCAUGAAAUUGCGGCGGUCAGCAUACUGAAAAAUUCGGUGUUCAAAGAUGCGUUGGGCAUCAGUGAGGAUUACGAGGAUGGUAGUUCAUUGAAAAUGGCCGCUCUAAGGCGUAAGCAGGCGGAGGAAUCUAAAGCUCUCUUCGAAGCUCAGAAAAGAUUGCAGUAAGUUUGACUGUUUGCAUGAUUAGCCACUACACAUCAACGCUCGUUUCCCCACUCCAAACCUAAAAAUAAUUGAACCACGAGGCAAAAAUAACGAAUUAUGAUUUUGACUCGCCCAUAUCGCGUGGACAGUUUUGCAGCAACCAAACAUGGCAUGAGAAGUUAUCUACUAUCAUAAGCCUUUAAUACACCGGCGAGGUUUCACUGCUUUUAUGGGUAGCCGCCACUGAGUUUACCAGCCUCAUCCUCCGGCACACCGGGAGGCUGUGCAGGUAGCACCCAGGCAUGUAACAUUUGGAUGAGUCUGACGUCUCUCAACAUCCCCAGGGUUCCUGUGUCUACACAAACGGGAUUCGAAGUUUGAAGGGGUUUUUUCCUCCUUGAAUUCGGAGUCGUCCGUUAACUGCUUGUGACCAAUUGUCUCGCUGAGCACUCAGUCACGUUUCUGCGUUUUGUCCCAUACUAUUGUUCCCGCAUAUAAGCGGUCGGAGAGUGCCUUCUAGACAUUUUCCACUUGCCUAUUGCCGUCACAUACAACGAGAAUUGGUAACGAAAAUUUGUGAGAUAUGUAGUUCUUUAAAAGAUAAUUGGCGCCUUACAGUGUGUUGGGAACGCGGGACUGCACUUUAGCACUCCCUUAGUCUACAUCAUAUUAGUCGUAACACUUCCGCCCGUCUUGCCAAUAACAAUGAUAACUUAUUCCUACCCUAGAUGACCCAGCUGAGCUUUCUCAUCGUGUCAGUUUAAGGACAUAGGCAAACCGCUCAUGGUUGGCGUAAUCACCAAGGUCGACUUGGUUGCCGUCCAGUUAUCGUUCUCGGUUACUAACCGACAAACGCUCCGACUAUUAAUUUGUCCAGCCCUCAUAAGCCAUCCCACUGCCGUGCUGCCACAAGUAUCGCGUCGAGCUUUCCCAGGGGAAGUGCCGCUCCGAUUUUCUGUUGGUGUUGUGACCCAGCGAAUGUCUCCUACGAAGGUACGUCUCGAGAAAGUGUGACCUUGAUCAUCGGUAUUUGCAAAAACUGGUGGUCCUUGUUUGUUAUCCUCUGAGUUGCUUCCUUUUCUUUUGAGCAUCGUUCCUGGUUACCUGCUAGAAGCUGGCUAUCGGAUACCAUUUAUUCGCUUGGCAGAGUAUAACUGUAGUUGCUACACCAGUUGCGCUGUCCAACAUUUGCUCGCAAAACUUGUGCCUUGGAAUUUCUCAGAAUUUACGAUACCUGUGCAUGAUUCCUCUUAUGGUCUGGACGGCAGUUGUGUCUCACAGAGGCCUCGUGCUAAGUCUUUACGUCCCAUAAAAGCAUCUAAACCAAUUAAUUCAUUGCAUCGGGUGAAAGUCGAUGAUAUUACGUUUCAUUAGCGGAUGUAUUUACUUAGCUGUCUGGCCUACCAAGCCACGUGCUUUGCAGAACGAUGACUUCAUCUGUUCACGACUGCAAACAGUGGAUGUCAUCGUCACUUGCGGCAGAUAGGCUACCGGUCUAUGUAAAUACCGAUCUCAGCCGACUUAACUCUUGUCUGCCCAUGGUAUGAGGUUUAGUAACUGAGUUAGACUCCAACUCGUGCUCAACGCUUGGCUUCCUUCGUCGUAAACGAAUAGACGUGACUUUCAUCUAUCACGAUGAGUUAACAGUCGUGGUUUGACAAGUUGCCAACUAACGAAAUAGCUCAGAAUUGAGGGUCUUAAUUGCGACUUUUACUUAACCCCUUCUUAAGGCUGGCGAGAUUAAGACAGACAUUGUAGAAUUCAACUUUUUUGUAGACAAAUUUGCUCCGAAAUCGCCACUGCGCCUUCUAUAUUGUGGUUUUUCCAUCUUGCGACGAGCACAUUUAUUAUUGGAUACAUUAAGUACGAGCCUACUGGGGCUCGCGAAGUUAGUAUUACCAGAAGCAAGGUUUGUGUCUCGUCAAUUUCUGUCGCCGGUAGGUCUUACAUGAUAUCCGCUCGAUCGCUAGGGGCUGGUUUACAGGCUUGUUUUAUGGAUUGGGGCUUGCCACUUGGAACCGAAAACUCCAGAAUUUCGUUUGUGAUAGAAAUACCAGUCGUCAAGCUGGCAACUGGGCGUGAUUUGUGCUAUUUAUGAUCCUUGCGACCUGUUUCGUAGGGAGUUAUCUCUGAGAAACCACUCGGUUCUCCAUCUUUAGAAUGUUUUCUGUUAUCGCGGCAGCGUAUAUCCGGUGUAGCUCUGUUUGAUUAUGCGAACCGAUACCAGAAACAUGCAGAUCCAGGCUGAGACAGUGAGGGAAGUUUGAUAGCCGUGAUCGUAUACGCGCCCAGACGAUUUGCCGGACACCGUUUCUUUCUAGUCUGACUUCACAUUCUCGCCCGUGGUCUGGUUACUUUUCUCCAUCUACAAUGGGCGAUCAAGGGCUUGAAUCGCAUCACAAAGCUUGCUGUUCAUAACGGGGAGGGAGGACUCUUUCGAACCUCUCAAGUUUCUUUUAGACGCCGUGCAAGUGUUCCUUUUGUUAUAUACAUCUACCCUAUUGAAAAAAGACCAGUUUUGUCUGGUUUACAUAAUCUUCACACAAUUGUUUUCGGUUUUGCCAGGAACGUCAGGUCGUCCGACGAGUCCGAUUCAGAUUCAGAGGAAGAAUCCAAAUCGAAAAAGAAGGUCCGAAAAGUACACAGCGGCGAGAAGGCGCACAGAAAAAAGCACAGAAAGUCGGGCUCGAAACAUUCCCAUCACUCAAAAAGCAGGCGGGACUGA